AUCGCAAUUCCCUACAAUACCUAGGAAUCCUGGUCGAUAAACUUGCAUAUUUUGGACUUGUGAAUGCCAAGGAAAUCGUGUAAUUCUACUAAUUAAUUACGAUGAUAAUUUACUCUGAAAUAUUUCUCUGGUUUUCAAUUACAUACCUUCCUAAAGAUGUUCAUAUAUAUAUAUAUGGAAACUAUCAUGUCAAGAACUUCUAUUUAAAGUUCCAACCCCUACUUGGGCGUACAUGCAUUUGUGUGUCUCUAGAGACGGAGAGAAUCAUGGGCUGCGGCAAGUCGAAGAGCAAGGAUUCAGUUGUGCACCAAAAGAAUGUCCUCACAAGUUGCAGCACGACGCGUAGUAAAGGCGGCAAGAACGGUGCGCCGGAGAAAGAGAUGCCUUGUGCAAUUCCGGCAAGAGAGGAGUACGACACAAAGAAACCAAUUCCGGGAAAAGAAAAGCUUAUCACAGUGAAGAAAUCUGGUUUAGAUGGUGAUGAAACUUAUUAUUCAGCAGAGGAAGAACCUGAAGCAGAGGGAAAGUGAAACAAAACAUUAUUUUACCAUAUUAAUGCAUUUGAUUAUGUAAAAUUCGAAUGUUGUUAGGUAACGUAGAUGUGAU